AUGAUCAGUUAUUUCCCUGUCAUCCUCGUGGUGAGGGUAAUUGGACGAGCGUGCUCUUCAGCAGCUAAGUCCAAAACGGGUUUUCCCAAAACACUCCUCACUGCCACCUUGACAAUCCUCAUUGCCAAGUCGACGAUCCUCAUCGUCAACCCGGCAGUCCUUACUGUUGUCUCGGCAAUCCUUAUUGCCAAUUCGGUAAUUCCCUUUGUCGCCCCCUUUAGUGGAGCGGGUGUGCUAUACCUGAUCGAUUCGCGCUAUCUAUAUGUUGAUAACGAGAUUCUUGUCAGUCCAGAAUAUGAUUUUGCAAUUCGAAAAUCGAAAAACGGAGCACCGGUCCUCGUAUUCUUCACAACGAGCACCUAUAGCUAUGAGUAUCAAGGCAAGUUGCACAAAAGCGCGUCGAUGAACCACAAAGUGAUUGUUCUCUUGGAGAAUUCACCAGACAACUACCAGCAUGGUGCAAAGUUGCCUGCCACAAAAUACACCAACAAGGACCUCGGGAUCAUGUCGAUGAAAGAAAAGAAAGAAGCUGGAACAAGCCGCAGCAAGCUUAAGAUGAUCUGA